AUGGAGCCGGUCCUCCUGGCGGACGCUGAGCAGGCGCCCCUCUUCCUCACCAACUGUUCAGGCGCCAACGUAUCCGAGCAAGAGCCGGAGCUGCCUGGGGGCGGCCGCAGCGCCGCGUCCAUAGCGCUGGCGGUGGCUAUUACGGCUCUCUAUUCGGCUGUGUGUGUGGUAGGACUCCUGGGCAACGUGCUGGUCAUGUAUGGCAUUGUCAGAUACACCAAGAUGAAGACAGCCACCAACAUCUACAUCUUCAACCUGGCCCUGGCCGAUGCCUUGGCCACCAGCACCCUGCCCUUCCAGAGUGCCAAGUACCUGAUGGAGACGUGGCCCUUCGGGGAGCUGCUCUGCAAGGUGGUCCUCUCCAUCGAUUACUACAACAUGUUCACCAGCAUCUUUACCCUCACCAUGAUGAGCGUGGACCGCUACAUCGCCGUCUGCCACCCGGUCAAGGCCCUUGAUUUCCGCACGCCAGCCAAGGCGAAGCUGAUCAACAUUUGCAUCUGGAUCCUCUCCUCGGGCAUCGGGGUGCCCAUCAUGAUCAUGGCUGUGACCCAGGCCCGGGACGGAAUGGUGGUCUGCAUGCUCCGGUUCCCUAAGCCCAGCUGGUACUGGGACACCGUGACCAAGAUCUGCGUGUUCAUCUUUGCCUUCGUGGUCCCCAUCCUGGUCAUCACCGUGUGCUACGGGCUGAUGAUCCUCCGCCUGCGGACGGUGCGCCUGCUCUCCGGCUCCAAGGAGAAGGACCGCAACCUGCGGCGCAUCACGCGCAUGGUGCUGGUGGUGGUGGCCGCCUUCAUCAUCUGCUGGGCCCCCAUCCACGUCUUUGUCAUCGUCUGGACCCUGGUGGACAUCGACAAGAGGAACCCGCUGGUGGUGGCCGGCCUGCACCUGUGCAUCGCCCUGGGCUACACCAACAGCAGCCUCAACCCCGUGCUUUACGCCUUCUUGGAUGAGAAUUUCAAGCGUUGCUUCCGAGAGUUCUGCCGACCCUUCCGCCGGGGGCCCCAUCGGGAGCCCAGCAGCUUCAGCCGGGCCCGGGAGGCCACCAUCCGUGAACGCGUCUCCACCUGCUCGCCCUCGGAAGGUCCCAGGCCGGCCUGA